UUGUGAUUGGUCUAUACAAAAAUACCGACUUUUGUGACACGGUUCUGUAACUGAAAGUAAAUUAGUUGCGUUAACACUAUGGAAAAGGUUUUAUGUAAUGUUCACGGUAGCGUGUGCAUGUUAAAAACGGGUGUGAAAGAUGGACCAAGCAAAGGCAAGAGCUUCUACGUUUGCGUGGACCAGCAAGGAUGUGAUUUUAGCCAGCAAGCUAGCAUCUCAACUUCCCACUGCCUCCAUCAUGAGGAUACAGUGGUGGAACUUCAAGCUCUCAGCUACAGUCAAAAACAUCAAAGUUACAGACUGUACUACAGAUGCAUUGUGGGUAAAAAAUUAGGCCACAGGUGGUGUGGAAAUGUGCCUUGGACUGCGCCAGAAAAAGAAGAGAGAAGGCUUAUGUGUGACAAACAACUACUGCCUUCCUGCCUUCCACCUGUCCGAAAUCCCUUUAAAGCCCCCACCAAGACAAACAAAGACUCUGAGUGGAGAAAGUUGCAAAGUAAUGGACAUGAGGAGAAGGAUGACUUGAAGAAAAAUAGCAAGACAAGUGACAAGGUGGAGGAAAAUAAAAGUUGUCAAAAGGAAAAUGUGGAGGUUGUGGGUCCAAAAGUAGAAGAAGAGGAGGAAAAAAAUAUGAAUUUUUUGGAUACUUAUCGAGGUAAAAUGCUUCCACCGGGAAUGAAGUUAAAGAAAAGGGUUUCAAGUGAGGAGAGCAGCAAUUCCAAAGCUAACAGCGCGGAAAGAAUAGCAGAUAAAGUCCAAGACAAGACAGAGGACAAGCCUGCUGAGCAGAAAAAAACAAAAGAAAAAAGUUCUAAUUCCAGAAAUGAGGUUGUUCACAUUGAGAAAAUAAAUAAAACCUCUCCAUAUCAUCACCAGAGAGUGCAACAGCAGUCAGUCAAUGAUGAGACCCGUUCUGUGAACCAAACUGAGCCCACAGCACAAAAGAAUGAGACUAAAUCUGCUCCCUGCCCAGAUUCCAGAGAUUCUGAUGGUGUCCCUUCAUCAGAUGUGGAGUCCAGUAAACCUCAAACACACCAAGAUGAGGGAGAUGAUGAUGUAGUGUUGGUAUCAGUGAAACCUGCUCCUAAGAAAACUCCUCCUGUAUCCACUGUUCAAAAGACUAUAACAAACUUCCCAGGGUUCCAGGCAGCAGCUAAGGUGCAAGAUCCCACAGGGAUGCACAACCUGCUCACUGCACAGCUCAAACAGAAAAAGGCCACUCUGUCUUUGGUGAAUGUGGCGGCUCUGCCAGAUAAAGGAGAGAGGUUGAAGACACAGGUCAAAGAGCUGGAGGAUGCUCUGGAGUCACUGAGCCUCACUGCUGCUUCUCAGCCAGACUCUGUGGAUGGAUGUGACAACAAAGAUUCUAGCACUGAUAAGACCCAGAUCAACCCAUUCAGCCGGCCAGGUGGGACCAUCCUCCUCCCCAUCCCUGCAGCUCCAGGCCCUUUCCAGCACCAGGCCUCUGGCAGCUCAUUGGGACUCCACCUGAGCCAGGGAUACACCCAGAUGUAUGGAGAUCCACAGAUGCACACCUUUUAUGGCGGCAGGAUGACCAACGAUCGUCUGCUUGCAGUGAAGAAUGCCACUUGUGAAGCCAUCGAUCAUCUUCACAAAUCCUUGGAAUCCUGUCCCGAUCCCGAGGCUGAGGCCCCGGAUCCCAGCGGCAUCAAGGUGUCACUCUUGCCCCACCAGAAGAGGGCUUUAGCAUGGCUCCUCUGGAGAGAAACCCAAAAUCCCUGUGGAGGAAUUCUGGCGGAUGAUAUGGGUCUGGGAAAGACCCUGACCAUGAUCUCACUCAUAUUGGCCAAGAAGAUAAAGGCAAAAGAAGAAGAUAAAAAGAAGGAAGAGAAGAAGCUGGAAACCUGGAUGUCUAAAACUGACUCCAGCCUUGCUGUGUCCAGAGGCACUCUGAUCAUCUGUCCUGCCUCUCUGAUCCACCACUGGAAGAAGGAGAUUGACAGACAUGUCAAAACAGGGAAGCUGACUGUGUACCUGUACCACGGAGCCAACCGCGAGAAAAGUGCCAGAGUACUGGCAGAUUAUGACGUGGUGGUGACCACAUACAGUCUGGUUUCUAAGGAGAUUCCAGUCCAGAAGGAGGAGGCUGAUAACCCCAGCAAAGAUCCUGACCAUGUGCCAUCACACUCAGCUACUCUCCUACGAGUGGCCUGGGCCCGCGUGGUUCUAGAUGAAGCCCACAACAUUAAAAAUCCCAAAGUGCAGACCUCCAUGGCCGUCUGUCAGCUAAGGGCUGGUGCUCGCUGGGCUGUCACAGGUACACCCAUCCAGAACAACCUGCUGGACAUGUACUCGCUGCUCAAGUUUCUGCGUUGUUCUCCAUUUGAUGAGUACAAGCUUUGGAAAGCUCAGGUUGACAACGGCUCUAACAGAGGCAGAGAGAGACUCAACCUUCUGACGAGGAGCCUGCUGCUGCGACGAACCAAAGACCAAACGGACUCAAGAGGAAAACCUCUGGUUUCUCUUCCUAAUCGGACUUGUGAGGUGCAUCAACUCAAACUGUCUGAGGAUGAGCGUGCUGUGUAUGACGUGGUGUUUGCACAAUCCAGAUCUACUCUGCAGAACUACCUGAAGAAACAUGACGGAAAUGACGUGAAUAAGAAAAACACUUCCAGCAUCAAUCCUUUUGAUAAAGUGGCUCAAGAGUUUGGUGUGUCUCAGGCUGAAUCUGCUGUGUCGAGCUCUCAGCAGCCUCAACAGACAUCCAGCACCAUCCACAUCCUGUCCCUACUGCUGCGCCUCCGACAGUGCUGCUGCCACCCCUCACUUCUUAAAAAGACGUUGGACUCAUCUGAGCUGCAAGGUGAUGGUAUUGUCUUGUCUUUGGAGGAGCAGCUCAAUGCUCUGUCGCUGUCUUCCAGCCCGUCGACAUCAGGCCCCGACCCCAAAGACACAGUGGCCCUCAAUGGCACCCGCUUCCCCUCACAACUGUUUGAGGACACCGCCAAAAGCACCAAAAUUUCUGCCAUCACCUUGGAACUGAUGGCAAUCAGAGAGAAGAGUCAGAAAAGUGUGAUCGUGUCACAGUGGACCAGCAUGCUCAAGAUUGUUGCCCUUCAUCUGCGACAGAUGGGCUUCAGAUAUGGAGUUAUCGAUGGGACUGUGAACCCUAAACGUCGCAUCGACCUAGUGGAAGAAUUCAACACUAACCCUAAAGGACCACAGGUGAUGUUGGUUUCUCUUUGUGCUGGAGGAGUUGGCCUCAAUCUUAUUGGUGGGAAUCACCUCUUCCUCAUUGACAUGCACUGGAACCCAGCCUUGGAGGACCAGGCCUGUGACCGAAUCUACAGAGUAGGACAGAGUAGAGAUGUCACCAUUCACAGGUUUGUGUGUGAAGGCACGGUAGAGGAAAAGAUUACCACGCUGCAGAUAAAGAAGAAAGAGCUGGCCCAGAAUGUGCUUUCAGGAACAGGAAGCACCCUCUCCAAACUCUCCCUGGCUGAUCUUAGAAUCAUUUUUGGUGUCUGACAGAGGAGACUACCAAGACUAUUCACUAACUCAUGGCAACUUAUUCGUUUUUUAUGUUUGUAUGUCAUAAAGGUAAACAUCUGGAAAGAUUUCUCAACUGGCCAAAUGAGACGGCAAUAAAUGAUGUGGAUGUGUGACACUAAAGAGAUCUAGCCCUGAUUUGUUAAGCCUACAGACAACUGAGUGUUUGAUGACUACCAGUUUACUUCUCUGUCCUCCCACAGCCACUGCAGCACUGUUGUUGAGGGACUUUAAUCUACAGAUUUGAGCUUUCUGUGCAUCAUUUUACUUUUUUUUCAUUCUUCUGCAAAAAAGUGAAGAUACUGUUACAAAAGCCCAAAAGUAACACUCUUCAACUUGCUAGCUAACACACGAGUUUAGAGCUUAUUUGAUCUUAUUCCAGUCCAAAUGUAAUCCUAGAUUAUGUUCUUUUUUUAUUGGGAAUAAACUAAACAGGUUUUCCCCUCUUUAGAUUAUUUAUUAUUUGCUUUAUAUUAGUGCCUAAGUGAUUUUUUUUUUUAGUAAAUUUGUGUAUGUGUUAUUAUUUUAAAUAAAUUCAUGCCCUUGAAGUUAUUAAAUGUUGCUGGUAUAU